AUGAAGUGGCUUUUUCUCUCCAUCGCAGCUGGCGCUUCGGCGCUGCAGAACCUGCCUCCGGUAUCCUUCCAGCCGGGGGAUCCCGGGUGGGGGUUCUCACCUGCAACUGCUGACCACACGAUCUACCUUGACGCCAAUUUUGCGCGCCAGAGGGACCAAGAUGGGCCGACAUUGAUACCCCCAGCGGCAUAUGACUUCGCAAACACCUUUCGCCAGGACCUGGAGACGCUCACCAAUUCUUCCUGGGAUCUUCGAUCCGUGGGUCAUUUUCCCCUGCAAGGAACGGGUGUGUUUAUUGAGCAUUCUCGCGACAGUUUUACCUACGAGGAUGGCCGGCCAACUGAAGAAGGCUAUGAAUUGGAGGUAGAGGAUGGUCGCCUGUACAUCAGAGGCUCCGGAGCGCGCGGCAUGUGGUGGGGGACUCGGACCGUCUUGCAGCAACUCAUCCUGGCCAACCAAUCCAUGAUUCCGUCAGGCCGCAUGCACGAUGCGCCAGCCUUCGCCACCAGGGGCUUCAUGCUGGAUGCCGGCCGAAAAUGGUACUCGCUGUCAUUUCUCAAAGAUCUGUGCACCUACGCGUCUUUUUUCAAGAUUUCCGAAUUUCAUUAUCAUGCAACUGAUAACUACCCCUUGACUCGCGGCCCUGAUCUGCCAUGGAACGAAGUCUAUUCACAAUUCGCGCUGCGACCCGAGAACCCGAAUUUAAAGCCUCUGGUGCAGCGGGUAAAUGAGACACUUUCACGAGAUGAAUUCGACCAAUUUCAAGUGCACUGUGCGCAGCGAGGGGUCACCGUCAUCCCUGAAAUCGAAGGCCCUGGUCACUGUCUUUCGGUUACGAAAUGGAAACCUGAGCUGGCAUUGGCAGAGAGAGAUCUGCUUAAUCUCUCUCAUCCAGAAACCAUCCCGCUUAUGAAAUCGAUCUGGUCCGAGUUUCUUCCAUGGUUUCACACCAGCGAAGUCCACAUCGGCGCCGACGAGUACGAUUCCACUCUGGCAGAUGACUACAUCGGCUUCGUCAACGAGAUGUCUCAUUUCAUCGGGGAAACCUCGGGCAAGCAAAUUCGCAUCUGGGGGACGUACGAGCCCUCGUCUACGCUCUCGAUUGACAAGAACGUGACAAUUCAACACUGGCAGUACGGACAGUCGGACCCUGUUGCAUUGGCCCAGGAUGGCUACAAAAUUAUCAACUCAGAAGAUUGGUGGGCUUAUAUGUCGUUGAAGAACAAUCAUGUUCCCAUCACCCCGGCGCCCUAUCCCCAAUUCUUUAACAACACGCGGAUUCUAAACUUUGCAGACCAAGAUUCCUGGCAAUGGACUCCGCAGUUGUUUAAUCCCGUCAAUGCAACAGAACAGCCACACUCCAACGCCGUGAGAGGCGCGAUUCUGGCCGCUUGGAACGAUAAUGGGCCUGACGCGACCACACAACUUGAAGCGUACUAUGCCAUUCGCAAUGGCAUUCCUGUCGUUGCUUCUCGGUCUUGGACAGGCUCUCGUGGUCCGCGUCUGGAUGAAACAAGCUUAGAUGAAUCAAUCGUGCUAUUGACAUCCAACGCAGUUGGGCAGAACCUUGAUCGCCGAUUACCUCAUGAUUUAGAGCGACCUUCGGGGUCCUUGCUUUCAUGGAAUCGCCCACAUCGGGACUCAGAAGACCGAGAGUAUUGGCUAGGCGAUGAUAGUAAGGGCAUGAAUUAUACUCUUCGACUCAACGCCACUGGUCCCUUCUCACUCCGCUCCUCCGAUUCAGCGUUAACUCUCACCCCUCAAAACCAGUUGAUCUUUACAACCGACGGAUGGCCGUAUCCUCUUCGCUCCGUCGCCGAAACGGAUGGAUUCGAUCCUGCGGAGCCCGGGCGCAUCUGGGCCAACGCGACUAGCUCAACACACCGAGUCGUGGAUGUCUCCUUUCCAGCGCAGAUAAUGAUAACGUCAGAUCCCAUUGGAGGAAGUCGAGCUUGGAUAAAUGGCAGCUUUGUGGGGCGAUUCGAAGUAUUUGUGUACGGGGGCCACAAUGUGGAUUUUUCAUGGAGCCAAAUGGCAUUUGUCGCUCCUCUAAACACUGUCCAAGGGCCGGGCUUGCAACACUUGACAGUUUAUCCAUUUCAUGGAGAGCACUAG